AUUCAUUUUUAAACUCAUUCGUUAUCCGUUCUUUGCUGCCACCGUUAUCAGACAGUGUAUGCGUCUGUGGCUCUCGCAGUGGCAAAGACCCUCUGUUUUCUUCCUUCCCCGCCACCCAUAUUCUCAAUCCACCCUCCUCACUUCUCUGCUUCUGCUUUUCGGCUUUUGCUUUCUGCUUUUCUGGUUCGGUAAGCUCGGGUGAAAUGCUGGCUGUGCCCAACAGUUGCUGCUGAGUCUGAAAUUGGCUGAAUGAGCUCCCAUGCCUUCACUUGAGAUUGCUGCUGCACAGCCUGCCUUCCAAAUUCAUCUCAGUACACUCAGGUCUCAAACCCCUCUUCAUGGUAAAGUAAUUUCAAGUCCAUUCGCCUUCGGAAAUGACAAGAAACUGUCCUCUGCUUCGAAAUUCUCUCGUAUAUCUAUAAAAUUGAACUUCAAUUUGGGGCACAUUAACAUCCCAAGGGGAAGUCUCCGGAUUAAGGCAGUUGCUACUCUUGAAUCCAAAAAUUUGGUUCAGAAUGAGAAUGCACACAUGGGUUUCGACAGGUUCACAGCUGGCCAUGGAUUCGAGCACCUGGACAGGUCAGCCCGAGCCUUCAAGUGAAGAUUCCGAAGAAUUGGAUGAAAGGGAGAAGUUAAGGCGAUUGAGGAUUUCUAAUGCUAAUAAAGGGAACACGCCAUGGAACAAAGGCAGAAAGCACAGUCCUGAAACUCUUCAGCUGAUCAGAGAGAGAACAAGGCUUGCAAUGCAGAAUCCUAAGGUGAUGUCAUGUCAAAAUGAAGUUGGUGAACCUUGGACAUGCUCAAAGUGAAGAGACAAGAGUUAAAAUUGGGCUUGGAGUGCGAAUCGGGUGGCAAAGGCGGCGUGAGAAGCUAUCAUUGCAGGAAAAUUGCUGCUUUGACUGGCAGAACUUAAUUGCUGAAGCCUCUAGACAAGGACACGAUGGUGAAGAGGAACUGCAGUGGGAUUCCUACAAGAUCUUAGAUGAAAAGCUUACAGAGGAGUAUUUAGAGAGUGUUGAGCAAAGGAAAAUUAUGCGUAGGCCAAAAGGAAGCAAGAGAGCACCCAAGUCUCUUGAGCAAAGAAGGAAGAUUUCACAAGCAAUCUCUGCAAAAUGGAACGAUCCUAAUUAUCGCGACCGUGUGUGUUCUGCCUUGGCUAAAUAUUACGACACAUCGUAUGGACCUGAUAGAAAGCCAAAGAAGAAGCCAAGUAGUAGUUCAGAGUCCACAAGAAGGAUCCCUGCAAAGAAAAAAGUUAGUGAGAAAACCAAUUUCUCUAGUAGCGAGAUUAAAAUCCAAAAGCAACGACUGAGGUUGAGAAGUAAAGCACCCAUGUACAAGGAUCCUCUCGCGAGUUCUAAGAUGGAGAUGAUAAAGAACAUCAGAGCACAAAGAGCAGCUGCUGAAACCCAAAAAAGGGAAGCGGUAGAAAGAGCUAGGUUAUUGAUUGCAGAAGCUGAGAAAGCAGCCAUGGCCCUUGAGGUUGCUGCAACAAAGAGCCCUGUUGCUCGAGCUUCCCUCAUUGAAACCCGACAGCUUAUAGCUGAGGCAAUUCAGUUUAUUGAAUCUAUAGGGACGGCACAGAUUUCUUCCUCCGAGAAUGAAGACCCUUCAGUUGCGUCAAAUGAAGCGAUUAGUCGGGAUGAAAAGGAGACAUAUACUGGGGUUGGGGCUGAAGCAGAUAAUGGAAGUGUAAAUGGCACCCAAACUUUGUCCUCCCAUGGGAAUGAAGAACCUAUAUUUGCAUCAUACGAAGUGAUUAGUGAGGGUGAGGAGGAACCAUGCACUGCGGUUGCAGGUCGUACUGAAGCAGGUAAUGUAAAGAUAAAUGGCACGAAAACCUUAUCGAGUACAAACGAGGACUCCAGCUUUGGCAACUUCACAUCGGAGGAUAUGCUAGAUGCUGAGGAGGACCUUUCCCCAUUGCAGGAUAUGCUGAACGCUCUCGAGGACCCUGCCCCAUUGGAGGAUAUGCUAAAUAGUGAAGAGGACCUUCCCCCACCGAGCACCAGUGGAUAUGGUUUGCCUCCGUUUGGUUUUGAGGACCUAAUAAAGCAAUUGGAUCGGAGCAAUGAACCCAACGAAUUGCAACCAAAUGGGGACAGUGAAUGCAGCAAGAACCUUCAACUCAACGGGACCAAAGUUCAGUCCAGAGAAGAGGAAACGCCUUGUAAACCAGCGUCCGCCGCUACUAAAAAGUGGAUUCGCGGGAGGCUUGUUGAAGUAGGAGAAGAAGCUUAGUGCUAAGAGAGGAAUCACAACAAACUGUAGUGCAACUGUUGUUCCUCAAGAUUCUCAAGUUUUGUGCUGAAUUUGGUCACAUCGGCUUCUACCAAGCAGCAGUUGGUGUUCAUCGGUCAGAGUCGUUAAAUUUGGCUACCGCUGUCCUCGCGUAGAGCUAGUACUUAUUCAUUGACGAUGAUUGUUAUAUAUGAUGCUGAAACAAGUAUUAGAGUUUCAGGGGGCUGCUCUCUCAAUUCUGUCAGUACCAACAAGGAAUUGCUUCUGUAAUCUUAUUUUAUAUACUGAAACUAGGUUACGAAUUUUACACAUUUUUAGUCUGUAAUAUGGUGUGUUUUUUACUGCCUUGCGCAGCCUUUUGUUUUUACCGCAUGGUGAAAAUUUGAUAAACUA